AUGUUUGAAGUAUCUCGAACAGCUGACAAUCAUAGAAACUUAAUUGAUUUUACACAUAACAAGAUUAAGACAAUUGAAAGCGGUGCAUUUAAUGGAUCUCAUAUUGAAGUGAUCUAUUUGUAUGGCAAUGAAUACUACGGAGAUGAUGCUCUUUCUGAGGAUUUAAAUAAUGAUACAAGGCUAUAUCUACAUUAUCAACCAUAUGAAAUUGCAAUAAAUAAAAAAGAAACACAAAUUCAACAAACUGAGUUAGUGGAUAAACUUUCAUAUCGUACAUCUGAACGUUGUUAUUUUAGUGAUAAUCAUUUAUUUAAAAUUUGCAAAGUAUCAACAUCAUUGAGUUCAGUGAAACAGCUGGUACCUAAUAUGUGGACACCUAGUUCACUUGAAAUAAUAGACAAUGAAAUAUUAUCAAUUGAUUUAUCAUAUAAUGAUAUUUCUCUGAUUGAAAAUGGUGCAUUUGUCAAUUUGAAAAAUCUUGCACAUUUAUAUUUGCAUCAUAAUGAUAAACUGAUAAAAGAUACUAUGACUUGGAAUGUUAUGGAAUCUCAAAUUGAAACAAGAUGUCAAUUACAUGAUAAUCUGAAACUUUGUUUCAAGCACAAUUCUAUAUCAUCUGUCAAUGUAUAUGAGGAAAAAAUUGCUAGACCUUUAAGUUUUGCAGUUUUCGUCGAGGUACGUAUUAGAGGAAUACGAAUCAUUUGUGACGAUUUCAUAACAUCAAUUAGUCCAAAUGCAUUUAAAGAUUCAAAUAUUAAAACAGAAUUAAAAACAUUGAUAAUCUAUAGAAAACGUAAAAAUAGAUUUGUUCUCUAUCCUGGAUCAUUUGAAGGCUUGACAGUUUUAGAAAAUUUAAUAAUCGACGUUGGAGUAAUUGAACUUAAAGUUGGUUUACUUGAUUCGUUGAAAUCUUUAAAAUAUCUGAAAAUUGAACCAAAUGAAAUGUUAACACAAAUUAAGACAGUUGAAAGCGGUGCAUUUAAUGAAUCUCAUAUUGAAGCGAUUUAUCUGUAUGACAAUAAAUACUACGAAGAUGAUGAUGUUUUUUCUUGGGAUUUGAAUAACAAUACAAGGGUUUAUUUACACUAUCAACCAUAUGAGACAGCAAUACAUCAAGAGGCAUCAUCAUCAUUGAGUUCAGUAAAACCGCUGGUACCUAAUAUGUGGACACCUAGUUCACUUGAAAUAAUAGACGAUGAAAUAUUAUCAAUUGAAUCGAAUGUUUUUUCUUGUUUGGAUAAACUUGAAUUUCUUUCUAUAACCAACAGUAGUCUUGAAACAAUUUCAUCUGGAGCAUUUGAUGGUCUAAGUAAACUUCAAAGUUUAGAAAUAAUAUCCAGUCGAUUGACUCGAAUUCAUCGAAAUACAUUUGAAAUGUUAACCAACUUGAAUAGACUCUCAUUGAGUAAUAAUACAAUAAAAGUUAUUGCUGAUGAAUCACUUAUGAAUAAUAAAUUAUUAUCAAUACUUGAUUUAAGUUUUAAUUCACUAGAAUCCAUACACGAAAAAACAUUUAACGGCGCAAAUAUUAACAAUUUAGAUUUAUCAUACAAUAAUAUUUCUCUGAUUGAAAAUGGUGCAUUUGCCAAUAUGACAAAUCUCGAUCACUUAAAUGUAGAUCAUAAUAAUAAACUGGUAAAAGAUACUAUGACUUGGAAUAUUAUGGAAUCUCAAAUUGAAACGAGAUGUCAAUUACAUGAUAAUCUGAAACUUUGUUUCAAGCACAAUUCUAUAUCAUCUGUCAAUGUAUAUGAGGGAAAAAUUGCUAGACCUUUAAGUUUUGCAGUUUUCGUCGAGGUACGUAUUAGAGUAUAUAUAAUACGAAUCAUUUGUGACGAUUUCAUAACAUCAAUUAGUCCAAAUGCAUUUAAAGAUUCAAAUAUUAAAUCAGAAUUAAAAACAUUGAUAAUCUAUAGAAAACGUAAAAAUGGAUUUGUUCUUUAUCCUGGAUCAUUUGAAGGUUUAACAGUUUUAGAAAAUCUAAUAAUCGACGUUGGAGUAAUUGAACUUAAAGUUGGAUUAUUUGAUUCUUUGAAAUCUCUAAAAUAUCUGAAAUUCAAACCAAAUGAAAUGUUAACUGGAGUAUUCCUUGGACAAGUAUUGGCAAAUCUUACAAAUUUAAAAACCUUGGAAAUUUUUAACAAUGAUUCUAUAGGUAUUUGUGAUAGUCCAUUCUCAGACAUUUUGCCACUAUCAAUAACUGAACUUUGUUAUACAAAUGGUCAAAUCGAUAAAUUAGAAAAGUAUUCAUUUAUUUGUUUACCAUCUCUAGAAAAUAUAACAAUUACCAACACAGAAUUGAAAGACGUUCAACAAUAUGCAUUUAGUCGACUUGAUAAUUUAAAAUACAUUAACUUAGCAUUUAAUAGAAUCCAGUCUAUUCCUUCUGAUGUUUUUGGUUAUCUUGAAAAAUUGAUAAAACUUGAACUAAAUAAUAAUAAAAUUAACGAAAUUGACGAUAAUGCAUUUGCUAUGAAUAAUAAUGAUAAUUUGCGUUUAGUCAAUUUGAGUUACAAUGAGGUUUCAAUCGUCAAUAGAUAUAUGUUUCCACAUAUUAAAUGUAAUCAGCUGGAUUUGUCCAACAACAAAAUCGGUAUCAUUGAAGAUGCUGCAUUUGAAAGAUCUUUAAUUAAUGAUAUAUAUCUAUUUGAUAACCCUUAUAUUGUUCCUAAUAGAAACGCAUGGAUGGUGGCUAAUCAUACGUUUGUAUUUCCUAAAAAGAUAUCAUAUGCUGCAAUUCGUUGCCAAUCAAAACAACCAAAUAACUGUGUCAGCUGUCAUUACAACUGUCUUCAACGUCAAGACAGAGAAACUAUUGAACCUGCCGUUAAAAUUUGA